GAUUGGCAAUCCCGGGCGGCCACACCCAUCGACAGGUGUCCCUCAACGACUACCUGGAUGCCAUUGAAGCUCCUAAGGGCCCGGGAGAGCGGCCCCUGGGCGCGACGUCACCCAAGCUGAGGUCCAGUUUCCCCACGAACACACGACUCAGCGCCAUGCUGCAUAUAGACUCUGAUGAAGACGAGGAGGCAGGGCCGCCCAGGGACCAUCCACCACAUGACAGGAAGCCCUUGCUGCCACUGACCAAUGGUGUUCAGGCUGGGCUUGGGAAGGGAGCUGCCUCUUCAGAACAGGGCCUGGGGAAACAAGAGAAAGAGGGGACAAAGGCAAACAGGGGAGAGGUUGAGGGAGCACAGGGGACAAAAGCUGGGACAGGGGUUGGAGAUGGACCUGGAGAUGGAGCUGGGGAUGGGGCUGGAUCUGGGGAUGGAGCUGGAUCUGGGGAUGGAGCUGGAGAUGGGGCUGGAGAUGGGGAUGGAGCUGAGGCUGGAUGUGGGGAUGGAGCUGGGGAUGGGGCUGGAGCUGGGGAUGGGGCUGAAUCUGGGGAUGGAGCUGGAGAUGGGGCUGGAUCUGGGGAUGGGGCUGGAUCUGGGGAUAGAGCUGGAUCUGGGGCUGGGUCCAUGGCUGGGGUUGGAGUUGCAGUUGAAGCGAGGACUGGAGCUGUAUCUGGGGCUAGAUCUGGGGAUAGAGCUGGAUCUGGGGCUGGAUCUGGGCAUAGAGCUGGAGAUGGGGAUAGAGCUGGAGAUGGGGCUGGAUCUGGGGCUGGGGUUGGAGUUGCAGUUGAAGCGAGGACUGGAGCUGGAUCCAUGGCUGUGGUUGGAUCUCUAACUGUAGCCAGACCUGGGGUUGGAGCUGAGGCCAGACCUGGAUCUGUGGUUGGUCCUGGGGCUGGAGCUCCUCUAUCUCCAAUACCUGAGACGAAUACUGCAGUGCAGGAGGUGUCAGAGGACGCUGUGGCAGCCAGGACUGAGGCCAGCCAGCAACCAACAAUCUCAGGGGCCACAGCAGCCCAGGGGCCCCUCAGGAACUCACUCCCUGCUGUUCUGAAGACAUCCACUACUCAGAAGGAAGAGGAAAUGGCGCCCAAGGCUGAGGAGGAAGGGUCGGAGUCAUCCAGUGAAGGAGCAAGUGCCAUCGCAGCCCCCCCGACGACCAGUAGCGUUGCCGACCAGGGGGGCGGGGCCUCUGAUGUCACAGGAGCAAGGACCGCCGGCGCAGCAGCCAAUGAGGAAGACGAGGGUGGGGAGAUCUGGCAGAGGAGGUCCAUGCAGGCGUCUGGAGGCGUGUCUCAGGAGGAGGGGGCGCGGUCUUCUGAGGCCAGCGGGCCAAUCGACUCUCCUCAGAGUGUCUCUGAGGAGGGCAGAGAGGCAGGAGGGGCCACAGCUCAAGUCAACGGUCACCAGUCCGUCCGCUCCCUGCCCUCUGUCCGUCACGACGUUGGUCGCUACCAGAGAGUAGAUGAGCCCCUUCCUCCCAACUGGGAGGCCCGUAUAGACAGUCACAGUCGUGUGUUCUAUGUGGACCAUGUGAACCGCACCACCACCUGGCAGAGACCCACCGCUCCUCCAGCACCGCAGCUCCUCCAGAGGUCCAACAGCAUACAGCAGAUGGAGCAACUCAACCGCAGGUAUCAGAGUAUACGCAGGACGAUGACCAAUGAGAGAACAGCAGAGGAGCUGACAGCUCCGCCCGAGGUGCCCACCGACGACACUGACCACCACACUAUCCCAGAGUAUCGUCGUGAUGGUGUGGUGGCUCCAGAUAGCUCUCGUUCUCGUCUCAGUCUGCUCCUCCAGUCUCCCAGCGCCAAGUUCCUGACCAGCCCAGACUUCUUCACCGUGCUGCAUUCCAACCCUAGUGCCUACCGCAUGUUUACAGGUAACACCUGCCUGAAACACAUGAUCAGUAAGGUGCGUCGGGACACGCAUCACUAUGAGCGCUACCAGCACAACAGAGACCUGGUGGUUUUCCUCAACAUGUUCUCCAACAAACAGCUGGAGCUGCCCCGUGGCUGGGAGCUGAAGCACGACCACACUGGCAAGCCUUUCUUUGUGGACCACAACUGCCGGGCCACUACGUUCAUCGACCCUCGGCUCCCUCUCCAGAGCAGCACACGUCCCAGCAGCCUCCUGGCCCACCGCCAGCACCUGACCAGACAACGCAGCCACAGCGCUGGCGAGGUCAGCCCACAACACAUGGUGGGUGAGCACCCUCGUCACUCUGGAGGAGGACCCCCUGUAAUGCCCCGCCCAUCCAGCACCUUCACUACGGGCAGCCGCACCCAGUACCAAGACGUAGUGCCAGUGGCUUACAACGACAAGAUAGUGGCGUUUCUACGACAACCCAACAUCUUUGAGAUCCUGCAGGAGAGACAGACAGAGUUUAUCAGGAACCACUGGCUCAGGGAGAAGGUGCAGUUGAUCCGUAAUGAAGGGGCCUCUGGUCUGGCCAGGCUGUCUGGUGAUGCAGACCUGGUCAUCCUCCUCAGCCUGUUUGAGGAGGAAGUGAUGUCAUAUGUUCCGCCUCACGCCUUACUGCACCCCAGCUACUGCCAGUCCCCACGAAGCUCCCCCGUGUCCUCUCCACAGAACUCACCUGGAACACAGCGAGCUAAUGCCCGUGCCCCUGCCCCCUACAAGCGAGACUUCGAAGCCAAACUGCGAAACUUCUACCGCAAACUGGAGACCAAGGGCUACGGCCAGGGCCCAGGGAAGUUAAAGUUGAUCAUCCGUAGAGACCAUCUCCUGGAGGAUGCCUUCAACCAGGUCAUGUGUUACUCCCGUAAAGACCUGCAGAGGAGCAAGCUCUAUGUCAGCUUCCUGGGAGAGGAGGGGUUGGACUACAGCGGCCCGUCCAGAGAGUUUUUCUUCCUGGUGUCUAGAGAGCUGUUCAACCCGUACUACGGCCUGUUUGAGUACUCCGCCAACGACACCUACACCGUUCAGAUCAGCCCCAUGUCUGCCUUCGUAGACAACCAUCACGAGUGGUGA